AGCAGCAGCCAGCCAGCCAACAGCUAUAGAAACAAGUUUGUAUCAGUAAAGAGAAGAAAAUGCAUGUUUAAUGUUUGUGGUUUGGCUUUUAGUUCAAGGUUGGAAUUUGCCCACAGGAAGUUAUGUUCCGAGAAAAUGAAGACAAAAUUAUGAAAGCUCCCGGCAUUUGUUUUGAUGGAUCCUCAUAUCAGCACAUGUUUGCCCCCUUUGUCAGAGUGAAGAGGCCAGGCUCACAUGUCAAAGAUCUACACUGGCUGUGCAUACUUCUCCUCCUGGUCGUCCUUUUGGCAGGUCAGGCUUCCUGUAAUGAGACCACUGCUUCCCCUCUUUCCAGUCCUACAACAAAUGCACAGACUUCAGUAUUUUACCAUGUUGAUGUCACCGUGGACGUCAGUGGACAGAAGGAUGAAUCAAACAUCACUGCUUGGCUUGAGGACGUGUUCCGAAACAACCUGCAGAGUUGCGUAUCUCAGAUCAACGAACAAACAACAGCCACACCUGCCUCUCCACACACUACAUCUGCAAGCACUUCAAAUGUGACGACACUCAUGACGCCAGCGACAGCAACACUGCAGACCUCUAAUACAACUACAGCUGCAGCAAACACGACGUUACACAGCUACAGCACAACACCGGCAGCAACGACAUUAAGGAGCUCCAACACAACUACAACAGCAACAACAGCAUCAGAAAGCUCCAACACAACUUCACCUGCAACAACAGCAGUAAAAGGCUCCAACACAACUACACCUGCAACAACAGCAUUAAAAAGCUCCAACACAACUGCAACAACAGUGUUUAAAACCCCCACCAUGACUAUAGCUGCAACAACAGCAUUACAAAGCACCAUCAUAACUACACCUGCAACAACAACAGUAUUAAAAAGCACCACCAUGGCUACACCUGCAACAACAGCAUCAAAAACCACCACCAUGGCUACAGCUGCAACAACAGCAUUACAAAGCACCAUCAUAACUACACCUGCAACAACAGCGUCAAAAAUCACCACCAUGGCUACACCUGCAACAACAGCAUCAAAAACCACCACAAUGGCUACAGCUGCAACAACAGCAUUACAAAGCACCAUCAUAACUACACCUGCAACAACAGCGUCAAAAAUCACCACAGUGGCUACAGCUGCAACAACAGCGUCAGAAACCACCACAGUGGCUACACCUGCAACAACAACAGCAGUAAAAAGCACCACCAUGACUACUUUUGCCACAACAGCGUUAAAAACCACCACCAAAACUGCAACGGCAACAACAACAGCCUCAGAAACCAUCAAGACAACUACUUUACCUGUCACCGGAGUGAUCACUCAGACUGUUCUCAGUGAAGACCAGAACAGGCCAACAAAGAGACCACUUCCCUCUCAGGCAAACAAGGAGCGUGUAGCUCGUGAAAUCAGGAACAGUGUGACACAAACAAGUGCGAUCACCAAUGACAUAACAACUGGCCCGUAUCAAGGAAUAGAAGUUUCAUGCGCCACAAAGACUGCAAUAAGAAAAACCAACUGCUCCGUGACACUGCAGCUGAGGCAUAGCAUCCCCCCGUGUUGCAUCCUCCGUACGCUUUGUGCAGCCAGUAAAGCUUCCUCUGACAUCCAUGUGGUGGGAAAAAAAGCAGAUAGAAUCCGUGGACUAGAAAAUGAGUGCAAUAGCAAUAUACAAGAGGAAAACAGUUGUGUUUAUACUGGACAAGCCGGUGCAGCAUGCCAAGAGUCUGAGUCAGCAUAUGUGAUUCCUCAACGCAACACAACUCACUGUGAUGAGGUAAAGGGGAAUAACGUCUGCAACUGCUCUGCUUACUGCAGUGGAACUGAUGCAUACUACACUUUCGAGAUUUUUAUAAAAGAUACCAGCAAGAUGAACCUUACAUAUGUCUCGUCCCUGAUUCAUAAGCUUAAACAGCAACCAAACUGCUCUCCAAGUGCAGAAGUUCCAUGUCCAUUGUCCAUCCUUGCAUCUGAAUACAAGGAUGCCAAUGUGACAUGUGGACUCAAUGAGGCAAAUCUUCAAAGCUGCAGUGUGAUUUUAGUCUUUGCCCAUGAGGUUCCUAUCUGUAAUGUGUCGACAGCCGUGAUCAAUGUGUUUCAGUCUGUGAAAGAAAUUAGUUUCAAUGGACAGGUGACCCGAGCAGCAAUUUGUGGAAAUUCAGAAGUCAACAGCAACCCACUAAAAUCGGAGUUCAAGUGGGACAUAGUUUACCUAAAGCCUGCCUCCUUUUGUACAAUAGAAGAGUCCAACCCCAACCUCACUUGUCCAAAUGGAGUAAAUGUGCUUGUGCAGAUGGAUGAGCAGUGCAAUCAGAGGGUUUUUACCACACCUAGCCCAAACGUGACAACCACACUCAGCCCAAACGUGACAACCACACUCAGCCCAAACGUGACAACCACACUCAGCCCAAAUGUGACAACGGCAGAACCCAACACCACCACCUCGUCCGUCAAUGUAACUUCUCCGCUGAACACAACUGUGACUGCACAACCAAACACCACCACCCCGUCUGCGAAUGUAACUUCAUCCCCACUGAACACAACAGCUCAAGCCCUAAAUGCCACCACCACCAGCUCUGCUGCUAAUGUCACAGCGACAGCUGACAGCCAAGCCAACGCGCUGCUUGACCUGACCGGAGACGUGUCCAGUCUGAACUCCAGCCAGGUGGAUCAGCUUGUGUCCCAGCUGGAGAAUCUGUUGUCAGGCCCGACUGUCAGCCUGGCACUGGGAAACACCUCUGUCCGUAUCGUCAGUAAUCUAUUGGGUGCUUCUCCUGAGGUGCUGUCUGACUCCUCCAACAGGAUCAUAGGGAUUGUUGAUACAGUGGGGUUGAAGCUGGUCCUUGAUGGAGAGGCUCAGACCCUCUUGUCCCCAGCUGUGGCUUUGUCUGUGAAACCAGCAGAUGGCAGCAACUUUCAGGAAACAUUCUUCUCCAUCUCAGACCCCAAUGAUGUCCAGGUUCGUGGGGAUCCCAGGCUCAGAAGAAGUGUGAGAAAAGGCUCCUCCAUACCUCAGGGCUCCAUCAGGCUGCCCCCCACCCUCACACAGAGUUUGACCUCUGAGCAACAGCAGCUGGUCUCCAGAGUCCAGUUCAAUUUCUACCAGGAGAGCACAGUGUACCAGGACAGAUCUUUGGGAAAACGCAAACUCAAUAGUGGGAUCCUGGGAGCGAGUGUGGCCAACCUGUCAAUCAAAGAACUGCAGGACGACGUUGUAAUUCACCUGAAGAACAUGGAGCCUGUUCCAGCUAAUUUUGUGGCUACUUGUGUUUUCUGGGACUUUACAUUAAAUGACGGAUCAGGUGGUUGGAAUCCGAGAGGCUGUUCUGUCCGAAACAGCACUGACAAUGAGACAAUAUGUGGCUGCAAUCAUUUAACUAGUUUUGCUAUACUGCUGGACCUCUCCAGAGAGACACUCACCAGUCGUGUGCAGGCCACCAUCCUCACCUUUAUCACAUAUAUUGGCUGUGGAAUCUCUGCCAUCUUCCUCUCCGUCACCCUCCUCACAUACUUGUCUUUUGGGAAGUUGCGGAAGGACAUUCCAUCCAAAAUCCUAAUCCAGCUGUGCAUGGCUCUGCUGCUGCUGAACCUGGUCUUUCUGGUGGAUGCGUGGCUGGCGCUCUACCCUGACGCUGUGGGCCUCUGCAUCUCCACUGCCUGGUUCCUUCAUUACUUCCUGCUGGUCACCUUCACCUGGAUGGGACUUGAGGCUGUCCACAUGUACGUGGCCCUCGUGAAAGUCUUCAAUAGCCACGUAUCACGCUACAUGCUGAAGUUCUCGGUGGUCGGCUGGGGCGUCCCGAUGAUCGUGGUCAUUAUUGUCAUUGCGAUUGACAAGGAUAACUACGGUCUUGUCUCCUACGGAAAGUUUUCCGAUGGCACCAGUGAUGACUUCUGCUGGCUGAAAAACGACAUUGCUUUCUAUGUGGCAGUGGUGGCAUAUUUCUGCGUAAUUUUCCUCUUCAACCUCGCCAUGUUUGUGGUGGUGUUGGUCCAGCUGUGUCGGAUAAAGAGGCAGAACCCUCACAAUGCUCAGCACCGCACCACGCUGCAGGAUGUGCGCAGUGUGGCAGGGAUAACUGUCCUCCUGGGCCUCACUUGGGGUUUUGCCUUUUUUGCCUGGGGGCCCCUUAACCUGCCGUUCAUGUACCUCUUUGCCAUCUUUAACUCCUUGCAAGGUUUCUUUAUAUUUGUGUUCUACUGUGCGGUGAAAGAAAACGUGAGAAGGCAAUGGAGGACGUACCUGUGCUGCGGCAAAAUGAGACUAGCAGAGAACUCAGAAUGGAGCCGCACUGCAACACAGAAGACUGUGAAGAAGUCAUCAAUGACCAAACUGACAUCUCUUAAUUCCUCAAAGUCCUCCCAGUCCAAUAACUCAUCCAGCUCCACCUCUUUCCUCGUCAGUGACUCUUCAGAGCAGAUGAAUGGCAUUGGCAGCCCGUUUGAAGACAGAAUAAUCACAGCAGAUGAAGACCCCAGUAUGGACGUGGUCCUCAAUGAGAUCAACAGACAGUACAGAGACCAACAAGCCUCCUGAUCCUGAGAGGACACAACAGACUGUUAAAUGGCUCUUAAUUUGAAACACCUGUACAUACUGUAAUAAUAGAUAGUAAUUUAUGUACCAUCCAUUUGCACAUAAUAUGUAUUAUAUGGAAAUCCUACAUUAUAAAUGGCACUUGAUUUUUGAACACUUUUUAUAUACUCAUACUGAACACUUAUUGUAUUUCCACAAAAAACAAACAAAAAACUUUUAUUCACUGGUACUGUGAUGUUAUCAGUAUAAGUAGUCAAAUUCCAGUGGUGUCUUGCACACACUGACUCAUGGUCAACAAGUCAAUAUCAACACAAGCCAACAGACUGACACCAGUUUUGAGCUUAAAUUACUUUUUUGUAAUUGCCAUAUAAAAAGAAUUGUGUUUGUAUUUAUCA